UUCAUAUGAGAACAAGGGUGUUUCGUAGAUCGCAUUUGCCCCCCGUAAAGUCUAAUUACGGUCAGGAUGAGCUUUAUCGAAGUUUUAUAAAUUUUUUUCAUGGACACGAAGGAUUGUUCAGAAAAGUUUAUGUCAGAGAUGAUGACAGUGUUGGAAAAAAUCAAGAACAAUUAGAGAGUCCUGAUGAUACUAAUCAUCUGGAGGUAAAUAAUGAAAUUGAAACGAGUGUCAAAAUUUCUGAUGAGAAUAAUAUGAAUAAUUCAACUGAUAAUGAUAAAAAUAAAGUUGUCGAAAAUCCAGAGGCUGAAAAAGAUGCUCAGAAGAAUCCGAAGCGUCCUAGUGGAUCAAAGCCUCAUUUGAGGAGCAGUAGUGUA